AUGGUGGUGAAGAAGAAGGAGAGGAGGAGGAGGCCAUUAAGCGCGAUUGUGGAAGCGUCCGAAGGUUACUCAAACAUCCGGACUUCUAUGAAGCUCAAGCGGAAAACGGUACCGACUGUAAACGCAACCCACUUCGAGUACAUCCGCUCACUCGACCCUGGUCCUUCGGGUGAAGAGGUCAUUCUCGCUCGCAAGAUUGGAAAAUCGGAGGGCGGCGUGUACGCGGUGAAGCUGUCGCGGAAGUCGGGGUGUAGCGGGGUGGACGGGUGCGCGCGCAUGGUGCGGGAACAAGCUGCGCUGAAGCUGCUGGCGGAGAGCAGGGCCAAGUUCGUUCUGCGGUUGUGGUGGAGCUUUGAAGAUGAGCGGGCAAUGUAUGUUGUUGUGGAUCCCAUGGGCGAUAGGAAUCUGCAGGAUGCAGUUCUGCGGGAAGGACCAUUGGCUCGUAGUCAAGCAUUGUUAUGCGCCGCAGAACUGGUCGCUGGAAUAUCGGCUAUCCACGAGGCAGGGAUUGUGCAUACACUUGUGAAGCCUGAACACAUCCUUAUUGGCGAAGACGGGCACAUCUUGAUAUCCGGUUUUGACAAUGCGACGUGCAUCCGUCGGGGAAACACAUUGCUUCGAGGUGGAGGGCAUUCCACCAUCCCACCUGCCGAUGAAAUUCAAUAUCAGGCCCCGGAAAUUGUUCUCGGAUGGCAGUACAACAGCGCAGUCGAUUGGUGGAGUUUUGGGCUUUUGGUGCACUGGCUACUGUCCGGAGAGCACCCCUUCGUCAACGAAACUGUCGCCACCUCGCCUGCGAUCGUACGCAGCUACAUCAUCCAUGGCAGCGUAACGAGCAGCGCACGGCGCACAGAUCCUACGGCUUGGAACCUCAUUAGUCAAUGUCUGAACCGCAAUCCGUCAAUGCGCAUCGAUGGUACCGGUGUGAAAAUGCACGAAUAUUUCCAUGACAUCCUUUGGGAGGAUGUCGUUGCAAAGCAGCUUGAAGCGCCUUUCUUUCCAGCGGACAGAGCAGAGCUCUCAUUUUCUAGUGAAGAUGACACCAAGCCCAUCCCGCAACCUCCAGCCUUGCGGACCCGGCUAGCUGAUACGACACCUACCUUUGCGUUUGACUGGCAGCUUGAUCUCCCAUCUGUCAACUCCACUAUCUCAGCCAGCAACAGCCACUUCAGUACACGUCCCUCGCCUCUCGCUUCCCAGCCUGAUACCCAGAUGCUAAGCAAGAGUCCCCUUGUUAUUUCUCCGGGAAGCAGUCUCGCCAAUAUCAUUGCGAUGGCCAAGUAUCCGUCUCGUCCACCCUCUGAGCUUGCACCGCCGAGCCUCGACGGUCAGACUCGUGCAACUACUCCGACACUGGACACCUUGAAAAAUGUGCUGAAUGGGCUACCGACGCCACCCAACUCUCGUUUCGCCCUCCGCAAGUAUGCUAGCCUUGACUUCGACGAACUCGAUGCAGUCGCUUCUCUCAGGCAGUCCUCUCUACACACAGUGAACGAGAACUCUUCUGGCAUCCUGCGCAAAUCAAGGUCUAUCUUGACGCUCUCUCGGGACUCUCUACGCCUCAGGGACGAUUCGUCUAGCACUAGUUCUAGCCACUGGACCAACAAGUUCCGGCGAAGGUCUCGGGUAGAUUCGAUCCCUUCUCCAUCCCCUCCUAUUCAUCAAGUCAUCCCGCCCGUGCCACCUGUCCCGCCUAUUCCUCCAGUCCCUCGUGAACUACCCAAGGGCCUCGAGCAGAUCGGCGGCGGCAUAGGCUACACACGACGCCCCGACGAGCGUCGCCUGAGCAUGAAUCUCGCCAGUCUUACCCCACGGACCUGCCACGCCAUCUUUCGCUCAAAGCCUGGGGUCCGGCCGAAGCAGAAGGACAAGGGCAAGAGCCGAAGCAAGAGCAAGGACAAGGACAAAGACGUCUCGAGCUCGGACAAAGACGUUCCCGCGCCCCGCGGGGCGGGACAGCUCAGCGGGAACGAGCUCGAGGACGAGGAGGACCUGAUGGACGAGGUCAUGCGUGAGAUAUACGGGGACGGCUGGGACGGGUCCGCGGGGUCCGCGCGCGCGGGAGGCGGGGCGGGGGUCGGGCUUGGCUGGGGGACGCUGAUGACGCCGACGCGGUUCGAGACGGCGGAGGACGCGUCGUUCGGGGGGCCAGACUGCACGUUGCGGCUAGUGACGUCGCCGUCGACCCCGUGGAUUGACUCGUGA